AUGCCUCCUAAGAAGCCCGACCAGGCCAAGAAGAAGAAGGCCACUGUCGAAGACAAGACCUUUGGUAUGAAAAAUAAAAAAGGUGGAAGCGCCAAGAAACAGAUCGCACAAUUGCAGGCUCAAGCCGCCUCCAGCAAAAACGCCGAUGAAAAACGAAAGGAAGCCGAAAAGCUUCGUCGGGAGGCUGAGAAGAAGGCCUCUGAGCAAGCGAGGAAGGAGGCCGCCGAACUCUUUAAGCCCGUGCAGGUUCAGAAGGUUCCCUUCGGGGUGGAUCCCAAGACUGUCCUGUGCGUGUUCUUCAAGCAAGGGAACUGUGAAAAGGGCAAAAAGUGCAAGUUCAGUCACGAUCUGAAUGUCGAGCGGAAGUCAGCCAAGAAAGAUCUUUACACGGAUUCUCGAGAUUCGAAGGCCGCAGAGGAGGAGGCCAAGAAGGGCGAUACGAUAGACCAGUGGGAUGAAGAAAAACUGCGCAAUGUUAUCCUCAGCAAGCACGGCAACCCCCGGACGACCACGGAUAAGGUCUGCAAGUUCUUUAUCGAUGCAGUCGAGAAUCAGAAGUACGGUUGGUUCUGGGUCUGUCCUAAUGGAGGUGACAAGUGCAUGUACAAGCAUAGUUUGCCGCCAGGUUUCGUUCUCAAGACGAAGGAACAGAAGGCAGCGGAGAAGGCCCUCAUGGACAAGUCCCCGCUCAACAGCCUGACUUUGGAGGACUGGCUCGAAUCCGAACGACACAAGCUCACCGGUGAACUUACCCCUGUCACGCCCGAGACGUUCGCCAAGUGGAAGAAGGAGCGUCUCGACAAGAAGGCCGCCGAAGAACAAGCUCAGAAGGCCAAGGAGGCUACUGGAAGAUCGCUGUUUGAGAGCGGGAACUGGCGGGCUGAGGACAGUGAGGCUGAGGACGAGGAUGAGGAUGAUGAAACCUGGAACCUUGCUGCCCUACGGAGGGAGACUGAGAGAAUCCGGGAGCGGAAGGAGGAGGAGCGUCUGGCGAGGCUGCAUGGUGAGCCUGUGCCGGUUGUUAAUGGCGAUAAUGUCGAGGCGGAAGAGGGGAAGACGGAGAGUGAGGGUGCUGGCGAAGACUGA